AUGGGCUUCUUCAGCACGACAGUAGGCUACUUUGCCUUUUCCGCCCUGCAUCUCGUUUGCUUUGCGCUCGCGCUCGCGGUAUGCGGGCUGUACGGCCAGGAUCUUCAUAAUGCCAACGACCAAGACAAGUAUAUGGACUCCAAAUGGGUCUAUGCUGUUGUUGUGGGCUCAUUGUCGGCCGUGACAUGUGUUGUCUGGUUCAUUCCCGCCAUUUUGCGCCAUGCUGGCAUAAUUGGGGCCAUUUGGAACACCAUACUCUUCAUCCUCUGGAUUACUCUGUUUGGAGUCUUUGGCGCACUGUACAUUCACGAAAACCCCGAGGGUGACGGCAACAUCAAGCGCAUGAAGAGUGCCGUUUGGGUAGAUCUUGUGAGCGCCCUGCUCUGGCUGGUCUCUGCUAUUGCCACUACCAUCUACUGGUGGAGGCACCGUGAUGUGCGAUCGCAGUUUACUGGACGCGCUCGUGUUUAA